AUGCCAUUUAUCGACGAUGAGCUGCUGUGGUCCCCGGACAACGAUGGACGGAUGGUGGAUCUGCAGGCGUGUCUGCAAGCGGAAAGCAACCAAACGGCAAGCCAAACGGCGGAACUGGCAAACGGUGGCUGUGAUCUGAACACGCUCGAGGAACAGUUGGACAACGAUUCGGACGAACUGUUGCGGCAGCUGACGGAAAACACCUUCGAACUGGAACAGUUCUUUCAGGACUUUCCAGCAACCGAAAUCAAAGUCGAGGAAAACAAUAACGAUCUACAGCUCGAUGAGGAAUCGAGCGGCCAGAUCUUCCUCCAGAACUGCAGCCAGUUCCUGUCGUCGGCUGCGGCGGCCGCCCAGCUGAGCGCCCUAUCCGUGAACGAUUCGAACGAGCUCGAUGGAUCCGGUUUGGGGCGGCUCUGCUCGAACGAUCAGCUUGUGGGUUCCGGUGGCCUUACCACACACCAGCUGCAGGAACAGUUGCUCCUAGCACAGGCACAAGGGUUGCUGCAACAGAACCGCUUCAACAACUCCCUGCUUGCCGAAAAAAUCCUGCAGAAUCACCAUCAGCAACAACAGCACCUCGAUGCACUAGGGGUGCCGUCCAGCAACAAUCAUCACAACAGCAGCAACCAUGCCAGCAGUAGCACCAGCAGUAGCAGUAACGGAGGCAGAGCCGGAAAGCCGCCCGAUAUCGUCAUCAAAGGUGGGACGUUUGCUUUCAUUUAA